GAGAAAAAUAAAAAGAAAAUACUUGGACCGCGUUGGGUGGCAGAAGAUCCAAUUUCGUUUGCCCAAAAAAAAAAGAAGGGCACACAGACCCAAAACGGAGCUGAUUGAUGAGGUAGCGGUUGCUCCAAGUUUGGCCUCGCACUUCGUCAUUCACUCUUCUUCUUCUACGGUUCCUCUUCCGCCAUUACCACUACAUAGGAGCUUUCAUCAUCCUCAUCUUCUUCUUCUUCUUCUUCGCUUCUUUCUGCCACCUAUCAAUUUGUCAUGGUCUUAGAAGCCCUAGCAGCAGCUUCCUCCAUCUCCUCCUCUACUUCUCCUCCUUCCACCAGCAACUCUAAUCUUCCACCACCUCCUGAAGAUGCAUGGACUCUCGCUUCUCAGCGACUACUUCCACGCUGGAAGUCUCUCUCCCACUCUCACCUGUCGCCAAUUCCUAUUUCGAUAUCGAAAGUUAAUCAAGUGGACGCAGCACGGUUAGAUAUUGAAAUGUCGGCCAUGUUGAAAGAACAGCUGGUUAAGGUUUUUGCUUUGAUGAAGCCAGGAAUGUUGUUUCAAUAUGAAGCCGAGCUUGAUGCUUUUCUUGAGUUCCUUAUUUGGCGGUUUUCAAUUUGGGUAGACAAGCCAACACCGGGAAUUGCUCUCAUGAAUUUGCGGUAUCGAGAUGAACGUUCAAUGGAGAUUCCAGGAAAAGUCAGAACUGGGUUGGAAGGACCUGGCCUCACAGUUGCUCAAAAGAUUUGGUACUGCGUGGUCUCUGUGGGUGGUCAAUAUAUUUGGACUCGAUUACAAUCAUUUUCUGCUUUCCGUAGAUGGGGAGAUUCAGAGCAGAGGUCAUUGGCUAGGCGAGCAUGGCUUUUGAUACAGCGCAUCGAAGGAAUUUACAAAGCUGCUGCCUUUGGCAACUUGCUCAUAUUUCUUUACACAGGAAGGUAUAGAAAUCUCGUUGAAAGGGUUCUCAGAGCCAGGCUUGUUUAUGGGAGUCCUCACAUGAACAGAGCUGUAAGCUUUGAGUAUAUGAAUCGCCAGUUAGUCUGGAAUGAAUUCUCGGAAAUGUUGCUACUGCUCCUUCCUCUGCUAAAUUCUUCAUCUGUAAGAAACUUUCUUCGUCCAUUUUCUAAGGAGAAAUCGACAAGCUCAGCUGAGGAUGACAGUGCUUGUCCAAUUUGUUUGGCAAGUCCUACAAUUGCAUUUCUGGCUCUGCCUUGCCAACACAGAUACUGUUACUAUUGCCUCCGGACCCGAUGCAUGGCAACUCAAUCAUUUAGAUGCUCAAGAUGCAGUGAGCCUGUGGUGGCAAUGCAGCGGCAUGUUGAAGGUACUACUACUACUACAAAUCUUAAAAGAUGAUUGUUCCCCAGGCACAGAGGGAGGAAAUACUAUUCCAAGUAUAGUGAUAUUAAUAAGAAAAAGAAAAUUUAUUGCUUGAAGCAUCAUCCACCACAUGCUUACAGAGAAGUAUCAAAAUUCCCUGGAAAAGCACAUAUUGUAUUGUGUAGUAGCCUAGUAAGCUCAUUCUUUUCUAUUUUUUUCUUUUUUUCUUUUUUCUUUUUACUUUAGUAAAUCUGUAGUUUAGGUACUCACUGAUUACUUUGUGAUUAAAUUACCAUGCAGAAGUUACAAAGAGGAAAUAAUAUGCUUCUUUCUACCUACAAAUUUUUUUA